AUGAGUGAACCACGAGGAUCGAAGCGCGUCUACCCUCAUCAGGGUCAGAAGGAAUCGACCAGAACAAAGAAAAGGCCAGAAACGAGGGCAAAAAUACCGAUCAGCGAGUCCGCGCGCGCCAUCGCUAGAAGCUGCCUCGAGGCGCGUCGCCCGAUAGUCAGGAAAGAUUUGGAAGACACAUUUCGACCCGUGGACUUUGCGAAUGAGAAGCCAGAGAUUGAAGGGCCGGCCAUGAAGCUGUAUGAUGCCUCGCAUGAGAAGGAGGAUUAUGAUGAAUUCAACCCAGAAGUGAAUUCGCCUGUGGUGAAAGAUUUCAAAGCAUUAUGGAAAGUCGGCUUGCGCCUUUGGGGGGUCUCGCCUACCACUGUGAUCUCUCCGAUGGUCGGUCUGAGAUACUUUCCGUUAUCGAGUGGCCGCAAGAGGGCAAACCACGCAGUACUUUCGCCCGAUUUCAGCAAGCUGUUUGCGGCACUUAUCACGCAUCCGUGCUGGGAGUUUGAGCAUGAACGAUUCGUCCUGGCCCUCCAAUACUUGGUCAGAUGUCGAGGAGACAGCCGCAGUCCUUGGCCACAUCAAGGGGCGAAGGAACGCGAAUGUCCUGCUAUCGAGGCCCUUUUCAACAUGUUUGAUGAAACUGGCUACGGGGAUAGAAGCCUGCACGAAAUGCACAAGUCUGCGCGCGAGAGCAUUGUUGGGGGCAACAUCUCGGUCUUCUCGGACUUCCUUUACUCCAUUGGUGAACGUGUGACAAAACAUGAUAUGGACCAAGAACAGGCCUAUUAUGAUAUGCCUGCAUUACCUGUCACUCUCGGAGACAUGAAGUCUCUCACUGAUGCGGUGAAAAGCUUCGAGUGGCCUGAUGAGAGCUGGAGGUGUAGUCCCGGGGACACAUAUACUGCGUUCAAAGCUGAGAGGACAUCGGGGAAGACUGAUCUUCCAACUACCGGGACAGAGCUGAAGGAGUUUCUUGACCGAAGUCUCAAGGACAUCUUUCGGGACAUUGAGAUUUACAGACAAGAGGCUGGUUCUGAGCGCAGCUCCCCUGUCUACCAGGCAGACAAGGAAGAUGUGUUGGUUGACAACGCAGCAGAUGCGGAUGCGUGUCAGCUUCCAGGUCCUGAAACAACUGCUGACCAAGAGAUGGGUGUUCCUGAAGACGACCAACACGUGCCGCCUGAGUCCAAUCCUGUCCGCCCACAACGCAGAUAUCGGGCGUUAGUCGAUGGAGAGGAAUCAGAAGACGAACAAGCCGAUUUAGCAAGAAGUCAGGGCAAUAGAGAAACUGCCGCAAGGUCGUCACCACACUCUAGGUACUCUUGGGGCGAUAGGAAUCUCUCGGCGACACACGUUGAAUCACCUUAUGAGCGAUUCGAGAUCCCGAGACGAGAGGCUUGGCGUCCCUCCCCUCAGCAGGCAACCCCGGGUCCAUCAGGGUCAACGAUGAGUCAAGUUCACCCUCGACCCAUUGAUUCGUUGCUUGAGAGGCGUGUCCAUGGCCUCGAGAAAGGCCAGCAGCGGCUUGAGUCCAGUUUCAAGGAAAUGAUCGCCUCUCAUUCACGAGACAUCAAUGAACUUCGGCAUGAGAUGAAGCAGUCGCGAACCCAUACCAUACAGCGAUACAGUGGCGGUGUGUCGGGGGCUGUGGGGAUAGAGCAUUCCGAUACUGGUCAGAAGAUCCGCGAUCUUGAGUCACAGCUUGCCCAGGCAGCCAGGGACAAGGAGGAACUUUCAGAGAAGGUUGCGUCAAGCGAGCAAGAGAAUGAACGUCUGUCAGCCCAGAUCUCUGGCUUGUACAGGGAUAAUAAAGGAAUGUCAGAAAAGAUCGGCUGUUACGAGCUUCGGAUUCGGAGUCUGUCUAGGCAACUUGCCGAAAAAGGCGAAAUCAACAGAGUUGACAGGGACCGCUUGUCAGAACAACUUGUCGCCAGGGACAAGGCUAUUACCUCUGGGUCGAGAGGACAUCAGCCCUCGGGACUGAUUUGA